AUGGUGAAGAGCAAACCCGGAGGUGGUGCGGGCGCCGGCCAGACGUCGAACAUGAGCGACGUCCUCAGGCCGAUCCCGUGGUCAGUUCCAAAGGAAAAUAGGCGAGGACCAGCCUUCCUCUUGACGCACUUGGCUGGCUUUGGCGUGACAGGCGGAGCCCACCGACUCUGGACGCAUCGCUCCUAUAAGGCCAAACUGCCUCUACGUAUCAUCAUGAUGAUUGGGCACGGUCUAGCUGGCAUGGAAGAGCUAUUGGUGUCUGUUGAUGCACAUCGAUGGAUGGCGAACCGAUACAUCAACCCAGCUGACAAUAGGUUCGUGUCCUUCAUGUGCAUGGGCGAAGGCUGGCACAACUACCACCAUGUUUUCCCCUGGGACUACAAAGCGUCGGAGUACGGCCACCUCAACACCACCAUGCACAUCAUCAAGCUGUUCGAGCGCAUUGGUUGGGCGUACGACCUGAAGACGGCGCCCUCGUCGCUGGUGCGGCGGGUGGCGACGCGCUACGGCGACGGCUCGCACCCGGAAUGGGCGGCCUACGCGCCCGAGAUCCCCGAGGAGGCCGCCAAAGACCACUCCGUGGUUGACAGGCUUCUGCCCCCGCUGCACGCCGCCGACGGCGACAAAAAGGCGGCCUAGAGCGCUGGGGCCGGCAGGGGGCCAGACGGGGCCCAAGGGCUCUCUCAAAUGAUACAUUUCUAUUGCAUCGGGGAGAGGGGGUUAAAGUACUUAUUGUCCGAUUUCAACAUAGGGACUUCUGACAGAUCAUCAGCUGGACGCGAUUAUUCAAUCAGGAGCUUUGUUACGUCUUUAAUUUUUGGUAUUCAAGACCCCGAUUGGAUAACUGCGUUACAGCUGAUAAUCUCUCACAAGUUACUAUGAUUUAAAUCGGACAAUAGGGACCACCAAUUCUGAAGUUGGCACACCAAUCUUUCUCCCAUUAAUAUCUUGCAUUAUUUAGAUACAACCCCUAUCUUCCUAAAUCCCAUUGAAAUCUUGUGAAAUAGCACCAUUCAUCUAUAAAAGCGUUCUAUCGUCAUUUCCACUCAUUCAUUUAAUCACUUAUCACCGCAAUCGUCUUUCUUCACCAACGCUUUUGUCUGAUUUUUCGCCAGAACAUUUUUUUUUUCAUUUUCCAUUUUCGAACAUUAAGUACGUCUCGGGCACCACAAGAUCUAGCCAGGUCUCUGUAGGCAUAAAAUGGGCUUCGUGAUGUACAGCGUUUGAGACCAAAGAUAAACUAUAUUUUUGUAAAUGUCUCCCCAUGUAAUGGGACUGCCAAAUGAAAAAUUAAAAAUAUGGCAUUUCUUAUUUGUCCUUUAAGUUCCCGUCACUGAAUUUAUUUAGGACAUGGAUGGAUCCAGAAAGUAUUUCAGAGGUUGGCAACGGCAGCCUACCCGUGAAAUAGUGAAAAACGAAAUAAAAAUAAUAUUAAAAAUGUUAGCUUGAAAGAUCCCUUUAAGGGUUAGGUAAUCUUUUCUACUGAAAAAAUCCAUUUGUACUCCAACGCUGUAUUUUGUAUUUCUUCUAUUCCUUACAUCUGAAAUUUACUUGCAUUUUUGACACAAGAGUUAUUUCAUCCGGACAUAAUAUUUCACAUUAUUUUGGGGUAACUGAUAAUUGGUUUUGAAGGCGUUACUUUUGAAAUAAUGAGAUUUGUUGAAAGGUAUCACAAAAAUCAAUAAACAUUUGUUUGAGAUGUAGCGUUGUAUCAACUUAUCUACUUGACACUCUACGUUAAUUUCUUGCAAUAUAAUAACAUGCCAUGUUUCCAUAUCUAUAUUUUUGUAAACUAUAGUGAUAGAAUCAUGUACAAAAAUAUAUUUUUAAGAAAUUACAUAAGAAUUGAAAAAAAUUAAAGGUAUCAGGGAAUAAAGAGAAUGUCAUACUGUAUAUUCAAUAAUCGUGCAUUUCAAUAAUUAUGAUGUAUCGAUUUGUCUUCUGCACUAUCAUUAAAUAUUAUAAUUGAUUUUAAUACUUAAUGCAACCAUUUGGCAGUGGAUCGGGAUCUUAAAUUUUCACGAAUGUGAAGGAAUAAAAUAAAAGACUUUUGAAGAUUAUAAUUAAUUUCUGAAUGCGAACUCUAUUAACCAAAAAACCUCUGAUAGAAUAAGACAUUGGAAUUUUUUGCCGUUGCAUUACAUUUGAAAUUUCUGGAAUAAAAUUAUUAUGAUUCACGAAGUACGAGUAUACACAACUAAGAGGCUUAAAAGUCCUUUGCAAAUACCAAACAAGUGUUAAUAACAUUUGUACACCAGUUUCUAUUUGAGGUCGGGGAAUGUUAAUGGGUGAGAGAGGCCGGAUCAACGAUAAUGAUCAAUUACUAGUUAUAAUAAUUAUAAUUUAUUGUUACUAAUAUUGUUACUUCAAGUUGCAUUAAAAUGUGUAAUAUCUUGCUGUUACUGUAUACCACAGCAUGAAUAUAUUUUAAUGUACAAGAAUAUAAAUAUAUGUACAAAAAUUGGUUAAUGUAAUUGUCUUAAAAAUAAAAAUAAAAUCAUAA